AUGCUGGAUGGAAUCCCAGUGCACCGUUCUUUGUUAGCUUCAAUGCCGGACAUUGAUGAAAGUGCGAAGUUGCCAUCACUUAAGCCGGGCUUUUACGGCAGCGAUGAGCAGCGCGCAUUGAUCGAAGCAUUUGUCAUCGAAUACAUUAAAAUUUACGAUGACGAAGAUAUGGACAGCAGAAAGAAUUUGAUGGCAGCAUACGAUGAAAAUGCAACUUUUAGUCUUUGUGCGGAAAAUCUACCAGAUACGAAUGAAAGAAGGCCGUUCAUUGAUUUCAGCACCUACAAUACGUAUCGGAAGACAUCGCAUAACAUUACAUGUAUCGAAAAAUGGGAGCGUUUUCGCGAUAAAGUGCUGUUCAAGGGAGCACUCGAUAUCGUUGUCGCAUUGCGAAAACUUCCAGCUACCAAGCAUCUUGUGGAUACUUUUGUGGUUGAUAUUUCACUGGUGACUGAGAAACACAUAUGUUUUGCAAUUCAAGGAUUCUUCCGCGACAGCAUGACUAAAGUUCAAGAAAAUGACGAACUUAAAUACUUUUGCCGCAAUUUCGUCGUUGUAAAUAAAGGAAAAGGAAAGAUAGCAAUUGUCAGCGAUAUGCUCUUCGUCAGUGGUGUGUUCCCCGAAAGGAUACAACGUUACAAGAUAAUGAUGACCAACUUAUUAAAGGCAGUUCCCGACUCGGCAGUUCCAGCAGUCGAUGAAUUAGAUGAUACAUCUGUAACAAACAGUAGUGACAGUGUUAUGCCGGUGCUGAUGGAGCCAACUCCAGCGCAGCGUGCUGCUGGCGGAGACACAGAAAUGCAGCAGCAAAUGAUUGAAACAUUUUGCAAACAGAGUGGGAUGAAACGCGAAUGGUCAGCGAAAUGUCUGAUUGAUCAAGACUGGGAUUAUGAGGUACCUUCUGAUAUAGUUCUUCACUGCGUUAUUUUGCUUUAA